AUGCCUCACCAUCAUGAUCCCGAUCUGGUGAUGAGGCACUCCGUGGUUCCACGGGAGGUCAUCCCGUCUGUUCGACUCCCUCUCCUCGUGCCCACGACUACCACGAUGCCGGGUGCUGGCUUCCCCUCGUUGGUGGCAAGAGCACCGAGCUCCUCAGAAACUACCGGAACCUCAACCUCCUCGGAAAAGUCUACGAGUAACCUGACAACGACGGUGCUGCCGGUCGUUCUAGGUGCUGGUGUUCCCGUUAUAUGUGCCAUUGUGGUUUUGAUCUUCUUGCACCGGAGACAUGUGAAGAAGCUGAGACGUGAGGAUGCAAUGGAUAAGCACAAGUCCCUGGAUUUCGGUAUGGAUAUGGUUGGACCAGGUGGAAGGAAGCCGAGGAAACUCCCCAACGGUUUACAAGCGGAAAUGAUGGAACCCAACCAUUCGAAGGGUCUGUCUCUCGAUGUUAGCCCGUAUCUGAUGCCCCCCGGUCUUCACGGCUCUCGAGAAUCCCUACACUCGCUCUCUCGAUCCAUUGAUGAUGACAAGUACCGCCCGGCGGUCUUUGGAGGUACAGACAAUGGAUCCGUUCGGUCAUUCCCCCGAAACCGCGGUGACGAUGGAUCGAGCCUGGGAGGUUCUACCCGCCAUGGAUACGGAGGUGCCGAGGAUCCCAACUCGGGUCUCUUGCGGAAUGCUCAGCGGAUGUCCCGCUCAUCCCCUCCUCGCUAUAACAGCCCUCCUGGAGAACAUCUGCCGCAGCGUCCUCCUCCAGCUCAUCAUCAAGACAACCCUCGCUCAAUGCCCGGGCUAAACCCGGCCCCAUCUGAGCACGAUGAGUUUGCAAUGGCAAUUGGCAGUGCUACGACCGAUCAUAUCAAGAGCCCUGACCGUGCCGUUUCACCCCCUGAGCCUCAAUUCCACUUGAACAACAACCCCAUGUCGGAGCUGCACUUUGAAACGGAGCCUCCAAUUGGCCACGCCAACACCUCUCCCCAUGAAGAACGCCUGAACUUCCCGCUUCCUGACCAUCAUGAGCCUGUCCAACACGCGCAGACUUCGAAUAUGCCAUUGCCUCGCAUCUCUCUACCCGCCAGUGAUAUCACUACCAGUGAUUACGGUGACGAACGCAAGCCGGAACUGACGAUCAAUGUUCAAGCUGCGGAAGCCAACCAGUCCCAUCAUGACAACAACAAGCAGCCUGAGCAGCACGAAGAAACCCAGCAGAACCUCGAUAUCGCCUUUGACAACAACAACCGCCGCGACACCCGCCGGCUGACUCUCGGUGUGCGCCCCUUGCCCCCAGAAGACCCGGCCGACAACCCCGAGCAGCGUGCCAACCGUAUCCGUUCCUUCUACAAGGAAUACUUCGAUGAUAGUAAGCGGGAGACCACCUACUACGAAGACUACGGUUCCGAGUUCUAUGACGGUGGCUACGUCUACGACCCGACUACUGGCGAUUAUUUCGAUUCAGCUGCUCCCCCUGCUGCCCCUUACGCACAGCCCAUGGAGCGUCGUGCUAUGACCCCGCCUCCCCGGGCUCCUCCUCGCUUCCAAGGUGCUGCUCGCCAUAUGGCCACCAACUCGGCUGGCCACAAUGGUUUCGGUGGCCCGGGUCCUCGUGCGUUCUCAUCGGCUUCGGGCCGACUUCCCGGGCCUCGUGGUGCUCCCCGGAAGCCAAUGCCUCCCCCAGCACCUCUUCAAUUACUCCCGACUCCUCACAUGUUGAAGGAUGAUUCCAUUUUCAUGGCGGCAGACUUUGCCCCUGGUCAUGGUUUCCGUGAUCGUCGUGAAGGUCGUCCCGAGACUCCUACCGGUGGCUCGAUGCCGUACAGCCCUGCCAUCCGGGCUCAUACUCCGCUUGCUUCGGCGUUCGAUGACCUUGCUGCGAUUCCCAGCCCUCACGCCUUGCGGAAAUCUGGCACAUACACCAGUCUGGACUUUGCACCCCCACCCCGGUUUAAGAACAGCGACGGUGGCAGCGAUGCCGGUAGUAUUCGCAGCAACCGGACGGGCAUCUCCAACGCCCAUAUGAACAAUAUUCGUAUGGGCAACUAUCGUGUUAGCCGCCUGCCGGGUGACAUGGUCGGUACCAAGGACGAUAUGAUGACCAGUCUGCGACCUGACUGGGGCAUGAACCGAUAA